AUGCCCAAAGCCAUCUCACAAGCCCUGGCCGACGCGAAACUCCGCCUCGACGACCUCGAUGCAAUAGCAUACACCCGCGGGCCGGGGAUGUUCGGCUGCCUCACUGUAUGCACUACUGCCGCACGCGCGCUGGCCGCAGCGAGCGGUAAGCCCAUCGUCGGCGUGCACCACAUGCAGGCACACGCACUCACCGCUCUUCUUACUGAAGAGAAGCCCCCAGAGUUUCCGUUCUUCACCCUCCUCGUUAGCGGGGGACAUACGCAGCUCGUCCUCGCCGAGGACAUGAGCAAGUAUCGCAUCGUGAUGACCACCACAGAUAACGCCGUCGGCGACGUGUUUGACAAGGUUGCGCGCCUCCUCCACCUCCCGCCCUCUCCUACACGCGGCCUGGGACCUGUGUUGGAAGAAUACGCCGCACGACCUCCAUUACCGCCGUACGAUGAGGCACCACUACGUCUCCCUCUCCCGCUGGAGGGACGGAACAAGGAUACUCUCGCGUUCUCCUUCUCUGGUCUCCUUAGCGCCACGGAGCGGCUGGCGAAGAAGGAAUCUCAUGGGUCUGAAGGAGUGUCCGAGGCCGUACAACGUGCCGUGGCGCGCGCGUUUCAGACUGCCGCGAUGCGCCAUCUCGCCGACAAGGUACACCUAGCUAUCGACACGCUCGGAUUCCCGGUCAGAGGCCUUGUUGUCAGCGGCGGCGUCGGAUCCAACAAAUAUCUCCGAGAAUCGAUGAAAGCCAUGUGCGACGCUAUCCACAGCGGCGCUAUACCCGCUUACUACCCUCCAAUAGAACUGUGUACUGACAACGCCGCAAUGAUCGCGUGGACGGCCAUUCUCCGUCUGCAAGACGGACUUGUCUGCGAGCCUUUCGACCUGCCGAUUCGGAAAAAGUGGUCACUGGAGGAUCUGUAUGACGACGUGCCCGCGUCGUCUUAUCGCUCCUGA